AUGUCGUCUAAGGUAGAGGUCAGCCCUGACCAUUCCUAUGUUAAGCUGGAGCUGGGUGUUCAGAUUAGCACGAGGAUGAUAAUUUCCACUAUCACACAGACAUGCUGUACUGGUACCGAAAAGUGGAAGCGGCUUGUCCGGUACGUGUUAGCUGAACUACACAUGAAAAACAAGUCCAUCAAAACUUUAGUGCAUCAAGCGCAAGCUACGCUAGGACAUGUGGAAUCCCCCGAAAAUACGAUAUACAACGCUCGUAGGAUCGGCAGACGAUGGCAUGCUAUUGUGUCCUGGAUUUCACGGGAAUCAGACCAACCGCUUACUGGAAUUCUCCUUGUUCUGGAAAAGGGAUACAUCUGGGAACGCUAUGCUGAGAGUCAAUGGCGGAAUGCUCUUGACAAACUCCUAAAAAAGUCGAAUACAUUGCGUGAAGCGAAAGAGCUAAGCGAGUUGGCUGGCAAUCUCAUCAAAGAAGUGAAAUUGCAUCUUAGCUUCGUAAACACUCCAAAGCACACGAUGCUGGGUUUCAGCCGUUGUGAAGGAAGGAACGAGGCGGUUCUAAGCGACGAUACCAGAUCCAUAGCCAUGGUCUUUGAAGUGAUACCACAUCUGAAGGCCACCGGGUGUGCCGACUCUGCACGUCUGAUGAUACUUCUGUCCUAUCUCGCAAACUACGAAGUCCCGGCAGAUCUCCUGUGCCGCGGAGCUUCCCCUCGGAAGCGCUGGGGUAAAGAUGGAGACAUUGUCAAAGGAGAUUCAGCUGAAUUGGGCCUUUCUGAUGAUUUGAUACGCAUAUGUUCCCCUGACACGCUGACGAAAGUAUUGUCCAAACUCCAAUCAUCCUUGGCCAUUGACUGGGUAUCCAACUCGCGUUUCAAGUUGAGCAAAAGAGCAAGAAAUGGGAUGCUACAUAUGCUUUCUAGCAGUACUCAUUCAUUUUGGUGUCUACAAGCUCUCAUCCUGGCGUCCCGUUCGAUCCCCUGGAAGUAUCUGGAGCAGACAGAACUUGACGCAAACCUAUUAGUAUCGCACGUUCGAUACACCCUGGAACGAGCUCGACGCUAUUGUAAAGUUGAGGACAUGACUCCUAUGGCUAGGAUUGAUAUAGCUCUCAACGUUAUUGAAUCUGCUCGCUUCUCUGCUAUGGAGUGGAAGCAGUCCGCGAUCAAACAUGCAGAAGAACUCACGGUUGGCUUAGACGACAGCUACAUGCGUUCAUGCCUCACGCAGAGACAAUGCCUGAUCCACCGGCUCUCCGGUAAGAUAGAUCUUGCUUUCAUUUCCCUAACGGGCGGUGCCUCUUAUCAAGGCAACAGAAAGCUACAUGCUGCGUAUGGGAAUACCAUGAUCCAACUUGCCCUAAAUCACAUCCAGCUUGAUCAACUUACCGAAGCAACGGAAGUGUUAGGGAUAUGGCAGCCGACUUCCUGGGCACAUUCUGCAAUGGAACAGGCUGUUCUCUUUCGUCAGCAAUUGACCAUGGGAAAGAUAUUACGUUACCAAGGCGACUUUGUAGGAUCGUUGUCAUACCUGGAGAGAUCCCAGAACAUUACGAAUACCGCCAAGGAUCUUAUUUAUCUUGAAGAUACAAGUGAGCUGGCAUGUAGCUUGGCUGAUACGUAUCUUGAGCUGGACGAUCCUGCCAAAGCCGAGAGCUGUCUCCAGGCUGCGAUCAACCGUCAAGCUCCAAAGCAGGGUGCAUUGAUCAUUGCUCUUGCAGAAUGUCUUUUUGCACAGAAGAGACUUGCAGGGGUAGAGGAAACGCUCUGCCGCGUGUUCCAAUGCCAACUGAAGCUCAUGAAGAUGGAUAAAUUACGCCUAGCAAUUGUCCAAGCUAAGCUAUCUCACGUUCGGUCCCAAUUUGGGGAGGCCUUCCGCUACUGGACAGAAGCGAUGAGUAACCUUCGGGGAUUUAACUUAGCCAGCGGACGCACAACACGCAUAAUCCUCCUCUCCCAGUGCGACGUUUUAAAUCGUCAAGGGCUCUUCGAUCUUGAGCAACAGACCCGGGAUCAACUAGAUGCUCUUGAGAAAUGUGCUGAUGCGGGUGGAGCUUUGUACUGGAUUCCUGGCCUGCGUCAUUGGCUGAACUAUUUGGAACAAUGCAAUUGA